CUUGUCUGCAGUCAUCACAAAACAAGCCGUUGUCUCCAAACACAUCGUCUCUGCGUCUUUGAUAGGUAGUUGAUAACAGACAUACAGACUGAUGGGGCUGGCUGACCUUGCUGUAUAUAAAGUGAGCAGCAGCAGUUGCAAAGCCAGUUGAAGACAGGAGAGACUUCUGCCAGCAACCUCAGUGAGAACUCAUCUAUCUUCCUUGUGGACUCUGGAUUUUGCAAAACAUUAUAAUGGCUCAGGUGAUCAUCACUGUGGCUCUCCUGGCUAUGGCAUGUCCUUCAAUGGCAUUUGACAUGGGUCAAUCCACUCGUUGCGUCACAAUCCCUAACAAGAUGAAGGUGUGCAAAGAUGUCGGAUAUUCUGAGAUGCGGCUGCCCAACUUUUUGGGCCACAGUAACCUGGAAGGUGAGGUGGUGCCACGCUCGGAGGACUGGAGACCCUUGUUGCAGACAGGCUGCCACCCCCAGGCCCAGGCCUUCCUCUGCUCCCUCAUUGCUCCUGUCUGUCUUGACACUUUUAUCCAGCCCUGCCGUAGUCUGUGUGUGGCAGUCAGGGACAGCUGUGCCCCGGUGCUCGCCUGCCAGGGUCACCCAUGGCCUGAGGCACUUGACUGUGACCGCUUCCCUGCCGAGGAAGACAUGUGCCUUUCUCCCCUUGCAAAAUUCAGCCACUUUGCCAAAGACUUGCCCAAACCGGCCUGCCAAAACUGUCCUUCUGUGGAAGAGGCUCCUGCAAUGAAAACAGUCCUGGAUGCUUUUUGCCAGCAUGACUUUGCUGUGACUGCCAAACUUCAUCGUCGUCGCCUACCCAUGGGAGAGCCAGAAUUUGAGGUAGAGGGCCGGGUGGAAUUUAUCCGCCAGGGGCCUCUGCUGCCUUAUGACACCCAGCACCUCCUCCAACAGUGGCUCCUCAUCAACCUUCGCUGUGCUAAUGCCCUUGUGCGCCCCGGACGAGCACAGCUUUAUGUACUAACUGGCUCUGUGCAGCCUGACGGCACCCUUGCUCUCACCCGACUAUUCCCUUGGCACAAAAAGGAUGCAAACAUUGCUGUGGCCACUCGCAAGUGGAAACAUCAUAGAUGUUGAAUGGACUUACAUUUAAAUACUGGAGCUCUGAAUCUGUGAUUGAAGUGUAGCAUUGCAUAAGAAGAACCUUCUUGUAUGAUUCUACACUUCAGACACACAAGAUUUGAGACAAAAUCAAACAGAAAUUUUGAGAUGGAGAGUUUCUCGGCUUUGGGUGUUAAUGGAAAUUUGAAAAGUAGGCUAAAUAGAAAUGAAUAUAAGAACGGAGCUGGACUCGGACAUCAAUACCCUUUGCUUCCUUCAGCUCACCAUCUCAUCUCUGCUCUUACAGCACACAGUAAUAGAAUGCACUCAAACAUGUACAUAGUAUUAAUAAAUGUAAAGUGAUUGUAUAUUCUAUUUUCUAUAAGGAUAUGGUUGUAUUUAUGACAUCUUUUU